AUGAUUUUGACGGGAAUGUCGGGAACGGGCCGUGACGGGAAUGUCGGGAACGGGCCGGCCCAACCGAUACCAUCAGAUUUGGUGACCAAAAUGUUGGGCAAUAGAGUGGCCGUCUCUCCCAUCUGUACAAUAGAGCCGCGUCGACGCAAAUUUCAUAAACCAAUUACGCUUACAAUACCUGUUCCUCAAGCGGCCACUCGAGGAAUGAUCAAUCAGUACACGACGGACGCGCCCACCCUUCGCCUCUUAUGCAGUAUAACAGGUAGUACGAAGUCAGGCGGAACAACGAGAGCGCAAUGGGAGGACGUGACGGGCUCCACACCCCUCACGUUUGUCAACGAUUGUGUCUCAUUCACGACCACAGUUUCGGCCCGUUUUUGGCUCAUCGACUGUCGCCAAGUGAACGAAGCGACCAAAUUCGCCACCGAGUUAUACCAGGAGGCGAUUCACGUGCCCUUUAUGUCAAAGUUUGUCGUCUUUGCCAAACGCUACGACCCGUCGGAGGCACAGCUCCGGGUCUUCUGCAUGACCGACGAUAAGGAGGAGAAGACACUCGAAAAUCAGGAACACUUCACAGAAGUGGCCAAAAGCCGCGACGUGGAAGUGCUCGAGAAUAAGUCUCAGUUCUUAGAGUUUGCCGGAAAUCUGAUUCCAGUGACCAAAUCGGGCGAACAGUUGUCGCUGACGUUCCGAGCGUUUCGCGAGAAUCGCUUGCCAUUCGUUAUGCGCGUCAAAGACCCCAAUCAGGAACCGUUAGGACGGAUCGCAUUCAUGCGCGACAAUAAGCGAAUCCGUGGUUCAGAGCCCACACCGCAACCCAUUUGUAACCUAAACAUCGAAUUACCCGACAUUUGCAGAGAAGACGUUUCGCCCAAUGAUUUCGAUGGCAUCGGAAAGCAAUACGAUUCGUCUACGCCUGACCUCAAGCACAGCACCGGUAAUAUCGGUCGAGUCGACCAAAACGGGUUCGACUCACUGAAGGAAGACACGGGACGUUCGCGAACCACAUCGCGAGGCACUUCUCUCGGUCGAGAAGUCUCGAUAGAUGUGUCGUAUGACGAACAGGACAUUAUGAAGGAGGCGGAGUCCGCGGAGGAGAGUGGCAGUGAAGGCGGCGUUACUUCACUCAAAGAUCACUCGACGUCUGCGGAGCGGCGAAGUCGGCAAACGAGUACAACCAGUGAAACGGAGGAACAGAAACGCGAGUCCGAAGAGCGAGAAGUGGCCGCUCAGAAGUUCCUCGAAUUCCUCGAAGAACAGGACAGAGAGGACUCCGAAGAGAGGGCUAAGAAUAGGGGCGAAGACUCGAGUCUUCCCUCUGAGCUGUUUGUAGUGAAGGAAGAAAUGAGGGCCAAUGCGGACGAAGGCCUUAAUGUUGAUCCGAAUCGACACUUGUUGGAGAGCGAGACGUGGCAUUCAGAGCAGGACACGAGUCAGGUCUCGGUGUCAAGUUUGCCCGAAGACGAGAAGUCUGAGCCGUCGACGACCACUGUGUCGAGCACUACGACCACAAACACCGGCGACAAUAUUGCUUCCGCUUUAGUCACCACUUCUAUUGAAGACGAACCGCAUUUCGAUGCUAUUGUCGAACAAAAAGAGUGGACCGAAGAGGACGGAAACGGCGGCGUUGAGCACAUUAUAGAGCAAACGUCGACAAUAAUCACCGAUGAAAGAGACACCAAAUAUGUUAACUCUUAG